AUGACUGAAGAAUCGCUUGCUGAGGAGGGCUUUUACGGCUCCGAAUUGUUUGACUUUAUGAAACUGAUUGUGGAUGACGACCCCGAUUUGAAAAAGAAGUCUAUUGCCAAGGUGAACUCCGUGUGUGUGAUCACCUUGAAGAACCCCAAGGGCGAGACCAAGCUGUGGUUGAUGGACUUUAAAAAGGAAGGUAUUGUCAAGAAGCUUGAUGGCAAGCCACCCAAGAGCGACAUCCACUUGACCUUGAAGGACAAGGAUUUCGUGAAAUUGAUCAAUAACGAGGCCAACCCUCAGAGAAUGUACAUGGGCGGCCGUUUGAAGAUUAAGGGCAAUUUGAUGAAGGCUGCCUCCAUCGAGCCAUUCUUGCGUGAGGUUGACCCUCGUACCAAGCAAGAAAAGGCCAAGUUAUAA